AUACUGAUUAUCCUUUCGUCCUUUUGUCUAUAAAGGAAAUGCCUGUGCGAUUCCCUGGAACAGCAUAGGCUUGGCUCUGCGUUGAUUGCAGAAGCUGAAGGAGAUGUUUAUAUCAAAAUUUGGAUCAUCUCCCAAGUUUUACGUUCGUGCACCUGGGAGAGUCAACUUAAUAGGAGAACAUAUAGACUACUGUGGUUAUGCUGUGCUCCCUAUGGCUAUAGAACAAGAUAUACUGAUUGCAGUAGAACCUGUAAAAACUGAAGUUGUGCAACUGGCAAAUACCAAUUCUUUGUACUUGGAUUUCAGUACCAGUGUUAAUAACAUUCAGAUUAACAAAACCAAACCUCAGUGGCAUAACUACUUUCUGUGUGGACUGAAAGGUAUUCAGGAACAUUUUGGUCUUAAUAACCCAACUGGAAUGAAUUGUCUGCUAGAUGGAACCAUCCCUCCAAGUUCUGGUCUCUCUAGCUCCAGUGCUUUGGUGUGCUGUGCAGGACUCGUGACACUAAGAGCUAAUGGAAAAACCCUCUCUAAGGUGGAACUUGCAGAAAUUUGCACAAAGAGUGAACGUUACAUUGGCACAGAAGGUGGAGGAAUGGACCAGUCAAUCUCUUUUCUGGCAGAAGAAGGAACUGCCAAGUUGAUAGAGUUCAGUCCUCUGAGGGCAACUGAUGUUAGACUUCCAAGUGGAGCAGCGUUUGUUAUUGCUAACAGUUGUGUUGAAAUGAAUAAAGCAGCGACUUCUCAUUACAAUAUUAGGGUAAUGGAGUGUCGUCUGGCUACAAAGCUUCUCUCAAAGUCAAAAGGCUUGGACUGGAAAAAAAUGUUGAGACUCCAUGAUGUGCAAACCAAGCUAGGAGUUAGCCUAGAGGAAAUGCUGACCAUUGUCGAGGAGGUAUUACAUCCUGAGCCUUACAGCACAGAGGAAAUUUGUAAAUGCCUGGGAAUUAGCCUAGAGGAGCUCCGCUCUCAGAUCCUUAGUCAAAACACGCAAGAUGUUUCCACCUUUAAGUUAUACCAGCGUGCAAAGCAUGUGUACAGCGAAGCUGCCAGAGUGCUGGAAUUUCAGAAGAUAUGCAAUGAAGCACCUGCCAAUGCAAUCCAGCUGCUGGGGGAAUUAAUGAACCAGAGCUAUAUCAGCUGCAAGGAAAUGUAUGAAUGCAGCUGUCCCGAACUGGAUCGCCUGGUAGAUGUCUGCCUGCAAUUUGGGGCCAUCGGGUCACGUCUGACUGGAGCUGGAUGGGGUGGCUGCACUGUGUCAAUGGUGCCUACUGACAAGCUGAAUACUUUCCUAAAAAAUGUAAAAAAAGCUUAUUACCAAACUGAUGUCCAAAGGUUAGCACUGGAGAAUAACAGCCUGUUUGCUACCAAACCUGGAAGAGGAGCUUUGGUUUUUGUUGAGGCCUAAAGAACGUAAAAAAUUUUGAAGAAACUAUCUAGGCCGUUUAGAACUGGCAGCACUUCCCAUGCCACAGCAAAUGAAUGCCUUCGCUGUUUUUUAUUGUAAUGAGCAUUUGCCAUUAUCAAA